UUGACGUCACAAUUCGUCAUCUGUUUAGCAACAAAGACGAAGAACGAGAAGAGGAAGUAACUGCGCUUCAGAAUCUCUCCGUGUUUCAUUGAAUUUAAACUGAUUACUGGCGAUUCCGAACGAUGGGGGCAGUGUUGGGAGUGUGUAGUGCAGCCCAGCUGGCAUGUUGCUGUGGGUCAGCAGCGUGCAGUCUCUGUUGUGCUGCAUGUCCAUCAUGCAAGAAUUCCACAUCCAGCCGCAUCAUGUACGCUGUCAUGAUGCUGCUGGGCACCAUUGUGGCCUGCAUCAUGCUCUCUCCUGGCCUUCAAACUGCACUUGAAAAGGUUCCUUUUUGUGAGGGUGAAGGUGCCAAAGCUUCCAUUACAGAUGCUGUCACCAAUACGGUUCAGUUGGAUUGCUCUGGGAUUGUAGGCUACUUGGCUGUGUACCGACUGUGCUUUGCGAUGUCACUGUUCUUCUUUGUCAUGGCACUGCUUAUGGUGGGAGUGAAAUCCAGCAAAGAUCCUCGGGCUGCAAUACAGAAUGGCUUCUGGGGUAUCAAGUACCUGAUAUUGAUUGGAGCCAUAGUUGGUGCAUUCUUCAUUCCUCAUGGACAGUUUGGACAAGUUUGGAUGUACUUUGGAAUGAUUGGUGGAUUUCUGUUUAUACUCAUCCAGUUGGUUCUCAUCAUUGACUUUGCUCACUCCUGGGCAGAGGCUUGGGUGGAUAAAUAUGAGGAAACCGAGAGCAAGGGAUGGUACUGUGCCCUGCUUUCCUGCACCUUCUUCAACUAUGCACUGGCCAUCACUGCUGUGGUGCUUUUCUACGUUUUCUACACCACGCCUAUUAAGGUAACACCACCUCAAGCAAUACAAACUGACAGCUGCAGCUUGCAUAAAUUCUUCAUCUCCUUCAAUUUGAUCCUUUGUGUGAUUGUGAGCAUUAUCAGCGUCCUGCCCAAGAUCCAAGACUCCCAGCCUCGCUCUGGACUCCUUCAGGCUUCAGUGAUCACACUGUACACCAUGUACCUUACCUGGUCUGCAAUGACCAAUGCCCCAGACGAGAACUGCAAGCCUAACUGGGACUCACUCAUUGAUAAUGGACAGGCCACCCCCACUGAUGAGCCACCAAAGAACCAUGAACCAACCUUUGAUGGAGAAUCUAUUGCCUCUCUUGUUAUUUGGUUCUGCUGUGUGCUCUAUUCAUCCAUCCGCACUGCCUCCAAUUCCCAAGCCUCAAAGCUCACUAUGUCUGACAAGGUUCUUCUCAAGGAUGACUCCACCCGCCGGAACUCAGGAGACAUUCCUCUGGUGGCCAGUGAGGUGCAGCAAGGUGGUGCAGGUGAUCCUGAGGCUGGCGACGGCCACCAUGUGUGGGAUAAUGAGGAGGAAGGUGUGGCCUACUCAUGGUCCUUCUUCCACAUCAUGUUUGGACUGGCCACUCUGUAUGUCAUGAUGACCCUCACCAACUGGUUCACCCCCAACUCUAACCUCACCACUCUCUCCAGCAACAUGGCUGCUGUUUGGGUCAAGAUUGUGUCCAGCUGGAUCUGCCUGGCCCUGUACACCUGGACACUGGUGGCCCCAAUCAUUCUCUCAAACCGUACCUUUGAUUAAGCUUAACCAACGACUCCCAACACCUCAGUGGGAAGCAGCUCAGUUCUGCAGAAUGGAAAAUCCUACAAUACAUCACCAGUCAAGGGGUUAACAGUCAAGUAUCUACAGUUUAAGGCUGUCAUCAAUGUCAAAUGUAGAGCCUGGAAGUUACAAGUAAAAUAUACUUAAGGUGACAUUAACUACAGUUUAAUGAAACAUGGAUUAUGGAUGAGUUGCUGAAUGGAUAGCUUGCAUUCCUGAUCUGAGACAGGACUUCCAGGCACUGCCAGGUGGCCAUCGUGCAGAUGUGAAAAAAAAAAAAGACUAUCAAAAUGGUCUAUGCAGCAACAGAAAACAUUUUGAAAAUUGUUUGUGGUGGGCCACUGCUAUUGCUGGAAGUUUGGACAUUGCUGUUAGUGUAUCUUUGGCAUACAUUAUAUAAAGAUACAUAUCUGUGUCAGCUGAUAAAUAGCUUUGUGAUGGUCAUUAUAAUAUACUUUUUGAGCUGCCUUUUUUAGGCAAUCAUUUUAGGUAAUGUUUUGGGGUUACCAUGUUGUACCUCAGCACAUAAAGGUAUUCAACAGAGGGCAAAAAUGAGCAUAGAACAAAAUUAUUAAGAUUCCAAUUUCAUGGAAAAGAUAUAUAUAUAUAUAUAUAUAUAUAUAUAUAUAUAUAUAUAUAUAUAUAUAUAUAUAUAUAUAUAUAUAUAUAUAUAUAUAUAUAUAUAUAUAUAUAUAUAAGGAAAAUUCUGAUAUUUGGAAGUAACAAAAUAUAUUUCAAUGUAAUUCCAUCUUGUUGCAGUACAUCACCAGUCAAGGGGUUAACAGUCAAGUAUUUACAGUUUAAGGCUGUCAUCAUUUAGUGUUUAGGUUAGUGUUGGAUAUGACAAACACCAGACCUGAAUAGUGUCAGAGGAAGGUUUGUCAUGUUGGUAUCUCUGAUGAGGCUGUGAACUGAAUGAAUAAGGUAAAUUUAUGAGUUGAUAAUGAAUGGCUGCACGAGAUAUUUUGAAAAGGCAUUCAAACAUUUUUAAAGAAAGGACUUUGAUUAAGUUUACAAUAUAUAUAUAUAUAUAUAUAUAUAUAUAUAUAUAUAUAUAUAUAUAUAUAUAUAUAUAUAUAUAUAUAUAUAUAUAUAUAUAUAUAUAUAUACACUAUUUGAUGUACUGUGGCUAUAAAAUACAUAUAUUCUUGAUGUUUGAAAGUGGUAGGAAUGCUACAAUCAGUUUUACAUAUGAUGUGUACUUAGAGUAAUAUCUAAUGAAAAUGUUAUUCAUAAUUGACAUCAUAUGAAAUAAUAUGCAAUGAAUUUGUGUUUAUGGUAAUACAAAAUUUUCAAUUCUUUAUCUUGGUAAUAUGCCAUUAACUUUGUACACCACCAUUAAAAUUGACCAAGUAGUACUUAAUUAAAAAAUGUAUAUGAAUCUGAAUAUUGCAUAAAUUUGUA